UUCGCUGCUUGCAGUCCCAACGGUCUACGCAUACCGGACAGACAGCGAUCGGAUGGAAAAGGACAGUAUGCCCACCUCAUGGCGGACAUACGCGCCUCCAGUCGACGCCGUACGCAAUCACUGACCCGACACUUCCUUCAAAGCGCCCUAAUGCUAGCAGCUCCCACCUCGUCGAUGAAUUGGUGUAGUUUCUGCAAUCGAAAAUACUCCCGUCGAGACGCACUACAACGGCACCAAACAACCUGUCCCAAGCGGGGAAACCAACCUUUGACGAAAGGCGUUCGAUCACGAGGCAGGAAUCGUCAUUCGUGUGAGAACUGUGCCAAGAAGAAGCUGUAUUGUGAUGGCGGCUCGCCAUGCGGCACUUGCGCUGGCAAACACGUGAGCUGCUCGAAUGCAGUGACUGACAGCGCAGCGACCUCAAGAAGCGCCUCUCGUGAUCGUGAAUCAAGAGUGCAAAGCCAGUUUUCGACUUCCUUUCUUCUUCGUGACGGCGAAGAAGAAGUCUUCUCGUCCAGGUUCAACUUUCCCCGUCCGCCUUCCAGAGAUACUGCCGAGAGUCAGUCUGGAGAUAUUGCAGACUCAAUGGAAUUCGAAUUCGACUUCAACGCAAGCAUCUUUGGGCCUGCAUUCUUCGAAUCUGAGAUCUGGCCCACUGCGGAUGUGCUUGUGUCUGGCAGCGAACGUGGAACCACACCGACUCCGCACCUCGACGUGUACGGCGUAGCUGACCAUCUUGAUCGUCUUUCAAGUAUCACUUUCGCGCUAUCAGAGUAUACCAGUCCAGAUGGAUCUGCAUUGUCGACUUCUGACACUUUGACAAACUUGCAGCAAGUCUUCAGUCAAGCCAGAGUGGUGAAGCACAUCGAGGACUAUUUCCGAGGCUGGCAUCGCAACUGCCCCGUAAUUCACAGGCCUUCGUUCAGGAUCAGCGAGGUUGAUGACGUACUUCUGGUCGGGGUGAUCCUGCUCGGAGCCAUGUAUUCAACAAGUCAGAAGGAGCGCAGCAUGGCAAGUAUGAUUAUGGCGUAUGGCGAGGAAUUCAUUUUUCGUGCUGUGUCAUCAGUCGCAAAAGGGAAACUUCAGAAUCUUGGGGCGAACGGUGUCAAUGAAGAUUUCCAAAUUGUGCAGGCUGGAUUCUGCAUGGCUGUCGUUCAAUUUUGGACCGGAGACGCAGAAGCAAAGCAACGGGCUAUGACCACACGUUUUUUACAGGUCAUCGAGGCAGCCCACUGCAUCGAUAUGUUCAAGGCAGCGCAUCAGCUCGACGACCGUAUUAGCGAGCGGAAGUGGCUCCUGAAAGAGGCCAAAGUAAGGACAGCGGCGUGGCUCAGCCUGCUUGAUUGCGCCUUCUUGUUCUUUCGUGGCAUACCAACCCGAAUCCUGACAUCCGAGAUCAUGUACGGCCUGCCUUGUGUCGAGACAGUAUUCGAAGCAGAACACCCUUUUGCCUUACCACAGUUUUCGUUCUGCAGAGCAUUCAAUUCACAAGAAGCAUUCCAGCGGCUGUUCUUUCGGCAAGGAUCUAAUGACACCCGCAUAUUGGAUCUGACAGUGCUAGACACUUUCAUUCUGAUACACAUGCUGUAUCGGUACACGAGUGACGUCUUAUCCCUGUCGCUUUGCAGAGCUUUUUCGAGUGAGUCGGAGGCUUUCACUACUGAUAUUCGAUAUGCGCUGGACACAUGGCACAAAUGCUGGAAGCACCUGAAGACACAUGCACAGCAGCAGAACCAGUGGGAUGCGACCGCCCGUAUGACAAGGCAUGAGGUCGCAAAAUAUGGGGCACGGACCCUAUUCACGAAGCAACAAUUGUGGUUCGGGCAACAUCGCUCAACUCUAAAUUUCACGCAGCGACAGAAUCGAAAAAAACACAGCUACUCGAAGCACUGCCUUGACAGUUUGAAUAUUAUCAGAUUGGCUGAGUGCUGAUUUUGACGACAGGCAGUGGGACACAAAGGCGCGACAAAGAGAGAGAAAUUCAAGAUGCCAAAGACAAGCGCCAACAAAGAGAGGAGUGCGGCAAAGAAGCUGGGUUCUGCUGGCAACACUUCCGACGUCCGCAAGCGGAAAAGAGCAGGCAGCAUCUCUGAUGCGUCCACGCACAGCGACAGCAAGGACUCCAAACUCGAAGUCGCAAGCGCACAGCCUUCGCUAGCACCGCGGAAGCGUGCUCGAGUCUCGCCACAGCCCAAGAUGCCCACCGAAGGAAAGCAAAGAGCACGAAAGACGAAGCAGGACUGUUCCGAGGAACUUGUGGACAUGUCUGAAUGGAUGUCACCAAAUUCGCAGGGCAAUUCGAGCUCGAUGUGGCGGCCCAAGAACAAAGCGCGAGAGGAAGAAAUCGCGCUCGGUCCAAGUGUCUACGCAGCAGUCAAGGCUGAACGCGCCGCACGCAGAUCACCAACGCCUCAGAGUCACGUCGAUUCUGUCGAUUCCAACGCUUCGAGUCGGCGCUCCCCAAAGGCUCAAAAACGAAAUGCAGAAGAAGAUGAUGCCGCGCGGGAGGCGGAGAAGGCAUCUGUUGCCGACAGGAUUGCUGGAAGAGGGCUAUUCGCCUCAGCCAAGGUUGGUCCUGAAUUUACUGCGCUGCUCUCUGCUUACGGAAUCUUGUGUCCGUUCAGGAUGAGUAACGGCGAGGUUUAUGAUCCCGUCUCUGCCUGGCCGACCACGAGCACCACAGAACUCCGGAGUAUCUCGUGCGCUUCGGCUUCUGCAGGCAGUCUCGUCAUUGGCCAGAUCCAGAAGGGCUAUGAGGGAAUGC